AUGUCCACUUCCUUUAGAACAACGCCUCGACCAUCUACUGUUGGUAGUACCACGAGUACAUUACAGCCAUUUGGGUGGGUGGAAUGGCUAAAGCUUCACCUGUUCGGUGUCAGGAGGAAGCACCCCAAAGGUCCAAGUCUCAGCGCCGAUGGCUGGUGUUUAAGCUCAACUGAUUUUGUCACCCGCAGAGAAUGUGGGCAGUCAUUCGGGUUCUCCUUAUCAAUCUGCACUAGGUCCUCAGUAGCUAUUCAAAGUCAUGCUUCAACUCCCUUUCGUAACCAUGCAAUUUAG